GGUUUGUUAUUCUUUUUCAAGGUUAUUCAUAGUGUAUUCGUGUAAAUUUCUUGUGAACUAUUAUUUACGUAAAUAAUUUGUUAAAUUUAACGUAAUUUAUGCUCCGCCAACAUUUGUCACUUGUUCUAAGUCGCGUGUUCCCUCAAAACGUACGCAAAAUGAGUAAAAUAGCGGUGUGUCAAAUGACCAGUGUGCAAGACAAGAUAACAAAUUUGAAAACAGUUGAACAACUUGUUCAAGAUGCUUGUGCAAGCAAUGACGUUAAGUUUAUCUUCUUUCCUGAAGCUGCUGAUUACAUGGCAACUUCACCCAAAGAAUCAGUUGCUAUGGCUGAAGAAUUAACUGGGGAAAUAAUGACUCAGUAUAAAAAGUGUGCUCAAGCAAACAAUGUUUGGUUGUCUAUUGGAGGAUUUCAUGAAAAGAACAUUAAUGAUCCAAAUCAUAUAUUCAACAGUCAUGUGAUAAUUAACAAUUUGGGUGACAUAGUAAGCAUUUACAGAAAAGUGCAUUUGUUUGAUGUGAAAAUUCCAGAGAAAAAUAUUAAUUUACAAGAAUCUAGUUAUGUUUCAAGGGGGAAUAAGAUUAUUUCUCCUGUGACUACUCCAAUUGGCAAACUAGGAUUGUCAAUUUGUUAUGAUAUGCGUUUUCCCGAAAUAAGCACGUGUUUACGCAAACUAGGCGCAGAAAUAUUAACAUUUCCAUCCGCAUUUACAACAACAACUGGUGCAGCUCAUUGGGAAUCACUUCUUAGAGCCAGAGCAAUUGAAAAUCAGUGUUAUGUGAUUGCCGCAGCGCAAUAUGGACAGCACAAUCACAAACGUCAAUCGUACGGUCAAUCUUUGGUGGUGAAUCCGUGGGGUCAAAUAAUCGCUGAAUGCAAGUCGUUUCCUCCUGGAAAUGAUCAGAAAACAACCGAUGCAAGUUUUGCAAUCGCUACAAUCGAUUUACACAAACUAAAUCAAAUUCGCACUGAAAUGCCAGUGUUGAAUCACAGACGCAACGACGUUUAUACUUUAAAACAAGUACACGAAAAUCAAAGUGUUUGUUAUGAUAAUGAAACAUUCAUGUUUGCAACAAAACCAAUUCCAGCGUCGACGGUUUGUAAAUCGCAGUGCGCGUUUGCUUUCACCAACAUUCGAUGUGUAGUACCUGGACAUGUUUUGGUGAGUUCCUUAAGAGUUGCGAAACGUUUAGCUGACUUAACGCCGGAAGAAGUCAGUGAACUAUUUCAAAUGGUAGUGCGUGUUCAAAAAGCUCUGGAAACAGAACACAACUGUAAUUCGUCCACCAUCUGUGUUCAAGAUGGCGUACAUUCCGGACAAACAGUACCGCAUGUACACGUACAUAUUCUACCUCGAAAGCAAGGCGAUUUUGCUCGCAACGAUGAUAUCUACGAACAUUUAGCAAAACACGAUCGCGACUCAAAUCCAGACCCAAUCCGAAGUCUGGAAGAAAUGUCUAAUGAAGCAAACAAACUUCGGAAAUAUUUCAUUAAUUGAAAUGCAUAAAAUAAGUAAAGGUGAUUUAUAGCGAAUAAAUUUUGAUGAUAGAGAAGAA